AUGAAUGUGUUAGGAAAUCUAUAUGAGAAUGUUUGGUUUAUUAGCUUGUACAAUAUCAGGCAUAAGUGGUCAACAGCUUUCAACAAGGAGAUAUUUGGGAUGGGGAUCCUUUCAACACAAAGGAGUGAGUCGACGAAUAACAUUUGUCAUAAUGCCUCUAAGCCAACAAGCACCCUCACUGAGAGUUUCUUGGGUCUUGAAAAUGUCAUGAAAGCUUGGAGAAAGAAUGAGAGAGAUGAAGAUUUUAAAUCUGAACAGUCUGCAACUGUCCUCGCUGUAAAAAGUAGUCCUGUGUUGAGGCAAGGAGCUUUAGUUUAUACGAGGAAGCUAUAUUCAAUGUUUGAAGCAGAGUUGUUACAUGGUAUGUGUGGUCUUGCUGUGGAGUGCUCAGCCACUUCAAAUUUAGAAUUUUAUAUUAGAAACUUAGAUAAUGAGCACACAGUCAGACCGUGGAUUGUUAAGGUCGAUAAAGGUAAUUCUGAGAUUACAUGCAGUUGUAAAAAAUUUGAAAUGAUGGGGAUAUUAUGUGCUCACACUCUAAGAGUGCUUAACCAUGAGAAUAUAACAAAGAUCCCUGAUAAAUAUAUUUUACUGCGGUGGUUGGUUCAUGCAAAGAGGGAUAUAUAUAACAACUAUGGUUAUAAACAUUUGAAAGAUUCUCAAACUACAACAACUUGUUUGAGUGGUCUCAUAUAUCGAACGCACGUUCAUAAAUUUGCAUACCGGAUCAGCAUAUUAACUCAAGGUGAUGAACUUGCUGAAAACAACGUGCUGGAAACAUUAAGGAAACUAACACUCGAAUCUGAAGCCAUAUUGAAUGGGAAAAAUCCUCAGGAAAUGCCAAUGUCAAAGAAGAAAAAGACACCGAAUAAACCACACAAUUUGAAAGACCCAACGAAGAUGCGGUCAAAAGGCGUUUCCAAUGCUAGAUUAAAAGGCUUUUGGGAGAAGAAUAACCGAUCAAAAAGAAAGGAUAAAGAAGUUGUUUCAAGUCAAGAAGCAUUUCAGCCAUCAAAUCCAAGCCAAUUUUCAAUGUCGGAUCAGUAUAGUCAGGAAAUACAAUUAUUUGAAGACCCAUCUCUGCUACAGGGUCUAUUAUUGGUUCUUCAGAAAUUUGUUGUUCUUCUACUAUGGUGGUGGUAUGUACAGCAGCGUCUUCCUCGAGAUCAUCGCCUCAUCGACUUCACCAGUUGUUUUUCGUCUCUUCAGUUCUAA